UCGCCCUCAGCUGCGGCCAGGAGCCAUUAGUGCUGGGGGCGGGCCCGGGACGCAGCGGCUGUGGAGCUCCUCCUGCUGGGAGGCUGCCCCAGGACCCAGCACGUGCACAGCGGCCAUGGCUUCCUCAAUUAUCUGCCAGGAGCACAGCCAGAUCUCGGGCCAGGCAAAAAUAGACAUCUUAUUAGUUGGAGAUGUCACUGUGGGCUACCUGGCUGAUACUAUACAGAAACUAUUUGCAAACAUAGCAGAAGUCACCAUCACCAUCAGUGACAUGAAGGAGGCAGCAGCGCUUUUGGAUGAUUGCACAUUCAACAUGGUUUUCUUGAGGAUGCCUUCUUCACUAAGUGCCGAGGAGCUGGAAGCCAUCAAGUUAAUUAGCUACCAGAGACAGAUCCAGGGAUGGAGGCAAGACAGUGGAUUUGGCAAAAAGAAAAAUACACAUUCACUGUUUGUUUUUAUAAUCCCUGAAAAUUUUAAAGGUUGUAUUUCAGGGCAUGGAGCUGAUAUUGCUUUAACUGAACCACUGACAAUGGAAAAAAUGAGUAAUGUGGUAAAAUACUGGAAAACAUGUCCCUCAAACACUGUUAAGAUUGAAAAUGCUACUGGGCCUGAAGAACCUGGAUUGCCCUUGCAGAGGUCUUACGGCGAACACCUGGGAUAUUUUCCUACUGAUCUAUUUGCCUGCCCUGAAUCUUUAAGGAAUGGCAAUGGGCUUGAAUUAAAUGCUUCGUUGUCAGAGUUCGAGAAAAACAAAAAGAUUUCUCUUCUUCAUUCAAGCAAGGAAAAACUAAGAAGGGAAAGAAUCAAAUAUUGCUGUGAGCAACUGCGUACUCUCUUGCCGAAUGUAAAGGGGAGAAAGAAUGAUGCAGCUUCAGUUCUUGAGGCAACAGUUGAUUAUGUGAAAUAUAUCCGGGAGAAAAUCUCUCCAGCCAUUAUGGCCCAGAUUACAGAAGCACUUCAGAGCAACAGGAGGUUUUGUAAGAAACAACGAACACCCAUCGAGCUCUCUCUCCCAGGCACUGUCAUGGCACAGCGGGAAAAUAGUGUGACGAGCACUUACUCCCCUGAGAGAGGGCUCCAAUUCCUGACUAAUAUGUGCUGGAAUGGGUGCUCCACUCCUGAUGCAGAGGGCUCCCUGGAUGAAGCUGUGAGAGUUCCAUCAAGCUCCACCUCAGAGAAUGCUAUUGGUGAUCCAUAUAAAACUCACAUUCCCAGUGCAGCGCUCUCUCUGAAUUCCUUGCAUACUGUCAAAUAUUAUUCUAAAGUCACCUCUUCCUACAAUGCAACUGCCGUAACAAAUCAGAACAUUUCAAUUCAUUUACCUUCAGCCGUGCCCCCGGUCUCAAAGCUUCUCCCUCAGCACUGCACUUCUGGGUUGGGCCAGACGUGCACUACCCAUCCCAACUGUCUGCAACAGUUUUGGGCAUAUUAAAAGCACAUGUUUGAAAUUCACACUCUCAACCACCUACUGGGCGCAGUUUGACAAUCUAGGAAAAGUGGAACAAAGAAUGAUUUUGAAAGCUCCACCCAAAGACCUAAUAUCAAAAGAGUUGGCAUGGUUUGGCUUCUGAUAAAUGCACUCAAAGCUUCUGCAGAUAGAAAGACCAGCAGCGAAAAAGCUGGCCACACACUGUCACUCAUCUUCAUACACACUUGGAUCCCUGCCAGCCAGAGAGCUACAAGAACAAAUGGCCUCAGUGACCUACACUCUCUCUUCUCAAAAAAUAUUCCACAAUUUAUGAAAAAAGCAUGCUAUAAGGAAGAUCCAUGUAGACACGAUAAAAUGAUAAGAUUGGGAAUGUGUGUUGAUACCUCGUGUCACUGAGUACAGAUAUUGCAACUUGAUUCUUAUUUUUAGUAUCCCUGUGAAUUACUGUCACUCAUUUCUAGGUGGUGUCUUUUCCUUAUUUGACAUUUUAGAGAGUUUCCUUCUUCAUUCACCAUCCAAACUAAGAUAUGCAGAGAGAUGCUGAAAGAGGAGUUUACCUCCUCACUUGACUACUAAUGAAUAAAUUGAUGUGUGCUUUUGCAUUUCGCAAUCCCUUGAGUGAAAUGAUGGCUAAUAGGUAAAUAUUUCUUUCUGGACCUUAAGUUACAGACUAGCAGCUUUUUUGUUUUUCAUCUCUUCCUCCCUAUGGGUAUUAGAAAGGACAGUUGAAAAUAAGGGAGAAAAAGGUUUGUUUUAUAUUUCACUGAAUUGUUCUUAUACGUAAGUUUUAUUAUUAAAUAAAAUACUCAGUUUUCACCCUGAA